UGAAUUAAAAAUGAAGGCAUUUUUAGUCAUCAUUAUAUUUUCUAUGCCAAUACGCGGAGAAUGGUUUUCUUCAUUUUCCCACAUGGAAAAGCUGUUAGGAAAAGAAGCUGACCUCCUGAAAUCUCUGAGCGAUUACAUCACUUAUGAAAAUUCAAGACUGAAUUAUCUGGAAGAGGCAUUGAAAAUCAUGAACACUACUUCAUGUAGUUCUGCAAGUAAUGUCAGAGCAUGUAUGGAAAAUCCAAUUAAUCAGUACGCUCUUAUGAAGCGGUUAGCAUACGUUUGGGAAGGAGUAAGAAGCGCUGUGAGCGAUAGAAACGCAUCUGAGAAAUUUUUAUGGACAAUUGACCGCAACCGUCCUACGUUACCAACUUCUCUUGAUGUCUUUGGAUCGAUUAGCGGAUUAAUUCGUAUUCAGUUAAUUUACGGAAUCUCUGCACAUGAUAUGGCUCUUGGGAUAAUUGGGAAAUCUGUUUCUGGAAUUUCACUUUCUGCGGGAGACUGUUAUGACAUCGGUGAUGUUGCUUUGGCGAAUAACCAGUCUCAAAUUUGUGCGGAGUGGCAAGAAACUGCCUUGAAUAAAAUGAGAAAUGGUGACAACUCCAUAAACGCCGAAAAAGUAUUAUAUCUGUUAGCUAGAUGCGUGUAUGCACACGGUAACUUACCUAUGGCGUAUGAAACAUUGCGAGAGAUUGCCAGAUUUGCCCCGGAUUUUAUUGAAAUGGCAGAUUUUUAUCGACAUGUUAUGGCGCAAGCAGAACAACAAAAGUUGGCGCCAUUUCUUGGUAACUUUUACGGUGUCCUUGAAAAGUAUGCCCAUGAAAAACCUUUAAAAAAUCACAGUCUUUUGGAACAACUUUGCCAAGGGAAGAAACCACUGACCAGAAUUCAGGGACCGCCAUUACGAUGUUAUUUGUGGGACGGAAACAGAAAUCCGCGCUUGUUGUUUCGUCCAGUUAAAGUAGAGAUUGAAAGUAAGAAGCCGUUCGUGGCCCGCUUGUACAAUUUCAUAAGUGACGAUGAGAUCGAGAUAUUGAAAAAAGUAUCGUCGCCUCUGAUGUAUCGAGCAAAAGUCAGUAACGGCGAAAGCGGGGGAAGAGAGAGCGACAGCAGAGUUACAAAAACAGUUUUUCUGGAGGAAAAACGUUUCGAAAUUGUGGCAAAGAUAAACAGAAGGGUAGCCGAUGUUACAAAGUUUGAUUCUCGUUACGUCGAAGAGUUAUCAAUAUCUAAUUAUGGCGUGGGAGGUCACUACGAUUUACACAUGGACGCAUUCGGUAUAAAAGCAAAGGAAGGACAGAAUUUUGAAAACAAGGGUGAUCGAAUAGCGACUUUACUGAUGUAUCUUUCCGACGUAGAUCAAGGAGGGAAUACUGUGUUUCCCAAUCUGAGAAUUGUCGCAAAACCAAUAAAGGGAAGUGCAAUCCUUUGGUUCAAUUUGCUGACGAACGGAACAAUCGAUCGUGAUAGUCUUCAUUCUGGCUGCCCGGUGAUGACAGGAGAUAAAUGGAUUAUAAAUUUGUGGGUUCGGGAAAAGGCAAUUUCAACAUGUAGUUUGUGCGAAUCACGAAUUUGCCCGGAAAAUACACACAAAAUGCGCUUUUAUUAACUAGUAUGACUGACCUCAUUAGGCUUAGGGUACUAUUCAUAA